AUGGCCGGUACAUGGGCCCGUUCAAAUGCAUACAGAACUGAGAAAAGCUAUGCAAAAAUUCUUCCAUGGCUUGAUAAUAUAGAACCCUGUGGAGCGAGUGAAACAAUGAUUUUAUGCAGACUGAUAAGACAAUAUUCCAACAAGCCCUUUGCAGAUUUGCUUCCCUAUCCACCGAAGAUUGAGGACAUCCAUAUUAGACAGGAGAGGCAACUAUUCCGAGACUUCCGCGGAGUGAAGCGAUCAUUCUCAUGGUUCGGGAACUUAUCUGACGCCAAGGAAUGCUUUGCAAGAAGAAAAAGAAAGUGUGUUUGCACUGCGAGAAGCCGUAAAUGCCUGGCCACCCGAGACGGCACGAUACGAGGGCCGAUAUGCGUGAAAGGGCGCGUUCGCAUUGACAAAGUGUUAAAUGACUGCGUCCCUAAAGACGACGUUGAAGGAGUAGCAGUACUUAGAGGAACGAACGAGAAACAAAGUUGA